AUGGAAAGUAAAAAACAGGAGCGAAAUUUCGUAAAUGAACAUUCUAUAUCGAAAUACUUAAAAUGCACUAUUUGUUCCGCUGUUUUUGAACAACCCACUAGAUUAAAAUGCGGGUAUUGAUGAUUAUUAUGAAGCCACACCUAUUGUAAACUAUGUAUUGUUUAAUGGUUGAGAGAUCAUCAGAAUUGUCCUGAAUGCAGAGCAAAUACAAAAGAAAAGGACUUCUAAUGUAUGGAUAUUUGAAAUAUAUCAAAGCUGAUCGUAUUGCUGCAGGGAUUAUAAGCGAACUGCCUGUUUAUUGUUUAAAUAGAAAUUAUGGUUGUAAAUGGAAAGGUGUCAUAGAUAACUUAUAAAAUCAUCAAAAGAAAUGCAGUGCUAAAAGUGAUGCAACUUAACUUAACUUGAAAAUCGAAUCCUAUAACGAGAACGAUGAGGAUUAUGAACUUGCUUAAUAAAAUGAUCCAGGAAAUAUAGGCACAAGAAUAUUGGCUAAAUUCAAGGAUAAAGUAGAGUUCAUUGAUGCAUUAAAAUCUUCUAAUGAAAAUACAAAAGAUGAGAAUUUAGAAGAUGAUGAUCCAUUAGUAUUUUUGGAUUAAUUGCAAAAAUUAUCAGAAAAAAUUCCUUUAGAAGAAAAAAGAGAAAUAAACUUUGAUGAUUAAGAUCUACCUAAGCAAAGCCGUGAAAGAAUAAAUAAAUAAUCGAAUAUGUGA